AUGGACGACUUCUUACGCCACAUACAGCAAAAUCUUCGCACAACAACACAAUCUCAAAGCGACAUGUCUAGCAUCUACAAGUUCACCAAAGACGAAUGUGACACAGUCGACCCUCACACGUUGCUCCGUCGCAUGUUUUCGUUGAAAGCAGUGCUGCCCAUAUCCGAGCCCUCUCGAUCACAAGUUGCCAGCAACACACAAAUCGGCAAAGGGCAAUGCGGUACCAUCUAUACACUCCACAUUCCAAACCAAGUCAACAAGACACCAAAUUCGACGGAAAAGAUCCCCGAGCUGGAAAGCGAUUUUCGUUCUCACAAGGCUGUCAGUGAAGCCUUUGAGAACGCGCCACAAACCCUGUCAAGCAAGGCCAACGUUCCCAAGGCAGAUAGCUUUAUGUCUCCGCCUUCUGGCGAUGAUGGCUUGAGCUAUUGGACUCAUGGGGCCGAUGAGCAAAUCGAUCUUGCGUCAAACUACAACUACGGUCUACUCUCCGAGCGCAUAUUCCCCCUGCAAGAUCCCAUACCCACGGCAUUGUUGAAGUCGAUGUAUCCUUCCUUCACAGCAACCAACCAAGAAACCUGCUUGACCAAAUCCACAAACAACAAUUGUUUCGUACGCCUCUACCUCGGUCGUCGAGGCAUAGACAGAAGCAAAACCAACCCUGAAGACAUGAGUCUACGCAACUUCCCUCUCCACAUCGACGAGAUGGAGAACCUCUGCCUGCCCAUACCAACAUACAUAACCGCCAUAGCAGAGUCCCUAGCUCCCAUGCACUGGAAAGCCAACAUCGAUGCCAACGACAUCGAAUUCGUGUUCGGUGCCUCGCGUGACCACAAACAAGGCCACUGUGUCUCAAUCUGGUUGUUGGACUUUAACCAAUGUCGCGUGUUUAGCCACGAUCAAGCUGGGUUAAAGCAGCUGGUUGAUGGGUUUUGGUGGAAUGAUCCUUAUUAUCCUCGUCCUGGUGCUGAGCAUCCGCAGGAUAGGGUGUGGUGGACGAUGUUUCUGAGUAAACAUCUGGAUGCGAGUGCGUUGUUGAGGGAUGGCAAGAUGCCGAGACAGUUUAUACAGGCGGUCGAAAAGGAGGGUCAUCGUCGGCGAGCGAGGCCUUUGCUUUUUCGGUAG